AUGCAGAAUUUACGUGCGGGAUUUGGUUCUGCAAUUGUGGGUAGUGUGAAUUUUGGUUUUAAUAGGAGGCAAGGAACUAAUGAAUCUUCAGAAAAAUCAACAGCUGACACUUAUACUCGUGUAUAUGGAGGAGAUAAAAAUAAAUUUAGCCGAGAUAACAUUGACUCUUGGCGGGAUUCCUUAAAUGACUAUACUAAAUGGUGCGCCAUUGAAUAUUACGACUUAAUUCCUAUAUUCGAUAUAUUAGAUCCUGAACUUCGUAAAGAAGUUAUUAAACAAAUUAUUGGCCCAAAAAUCCUUCAUAGCGCGAAGGACCCGGUUGAAUUUUCCAUGUUACCGCCCAAAAAUAGUCCCUUUAUACAUAUUUUAAAAAUACCGCCUGAUUUUAAUAAUAAUCUGAUGGAAUGUAAACUUUUUGCAUCUGUUAUGAGCUUAGAAAAUCAAGAUGACGUAUUCUCAAUUCGUGUCAUUUAUACAUCAGAUUCUACGGCGAGUUUAGUUCUUCAUCGGAUCGGAGAAAGCAAAAAAGUCAAAAAAUUCAAAUUACAAUUAGGUUGGAUUAUUAUCGGCUACCCAAAAAGCUUUAAGCAUAAAAAUUUUAAUUUCUGCGUCACCAACAGCUGUGAGAAAUGUAUUCAAAAUUAUGAAAAUAUUAUUGAUAUUUACGAAAACUUUAAUGAAGUUCAAAAUUGUAGUCUUUUGGCAACAUGCGCACAACGAAUACCUCAACAAGAUCGCGAAAAUCCGAUUAUUUCGGAUUUAUUGCAUAGAAAUCAAUUUGAUAGGUUAUUAAGAAAUUCUGAUUCUUGUAUCCGUUAUAAUACUCCAAAGUUGCAAGGUGCUCCCUUAUGGACAUGUAAAGAACCAACAUUUGUUAAUUUUUUACAUAAUGCUUGCCCAGCUAACUGCAUUGCAGG